AACAACAACGUGGAAAAUGGAAGCUCACAGUCUCAGCUCCAAUGGCGAGUGGCGUCGUCAUCCUCCUCACACAGCCUCCUCCUUGGCGACCCAGUUACCCUCUUCGCCCACUUUCUCUAAUUUCACCCUCUUCCUACCAAUAUCGUCGUUCAUGGCGGUCCCAGUACCGCCGUUGGGAUUCGAAUGCCGAGACCGGCCGGUCUCAGAGAUUCGGUUUUGAUUUCAGAGGCAAAAGAGAUGAAGACGAAUACAGAGACGAAGAAGAAUAUGAGGAAGGAUUCUAUAAAGGAAAUAAGAGGCGGUGGUGGUCUGAUGAGUCGCCGGAGAUGGAGGAAGGUCCUGGAAUUUUGGAGGAAGCCAUUGAUUCUCUAUGGAUUCUAAAGGUUUUCAAGUCUUAUGGUUGGAUGCUUCCAGUAAUAUUUGCAUCUUGGUUACUGGCUUCUGGCCCAAAAGCCUUUCUCAUGGCAUUAGCAAUCCCACUUGCUCAGUCAGCACUGGCUUUUGCAUUUGACAAACUAUGGGGAAAGUCUAAGAGUAAACCAAAACGCAGGAGGGCCAGAGUGAGAAAGAGACAAUCUGCCAGCACUGUAACUGAUACCGAAUCUGAGAGAGAAGAAGAUGAAGACCAGGAACCCCGCAGACAAAAAAUGGGGUACCAAUCAUGGGUAGUUGGAGAUGAAGUCCCUGUUGACAAGGGUGGCCAAAAUGAAAACAGUUUUGGCGGAUGGGAUGAUCUUGAAAGAGCUAAAUCUGCAGCGAGGCCAUCAAGAAUGAGAGGUGGAUCAGGAAGAACAGCGACGGACAAGGGUAAACUGGGUCGAAGAGAAAGGAAAAGUGACACCCCUUUGUUGUUGAGGUUGUUAAUUGCUUUCUUCCCUUUUCUGGGAUCUUGGACUAAGAUGUUUUGAACAGUAUCAUUCUCUUGUAGCAGUGUCAAGCUUGGAUACCCGGAUGGUAACAUCGAUUGGGUUUGUUCUCAUAUAUAAUGGUCUAGUCACGGUAAUAGGGAGCCUUUUUGAUACCAUAUUGUGGCUUGACUUGAUUUAGCAGAAAGCAGCCAGCCUACAUGUUUGGCUUUCUUACUGAUGAUUUUGUUUUUGUUGUUGUUGUUGUUGUAGCAUGCUUCAGCUACAUUCUUCCCAUAUCCAAUCUGGAUGAUGGGGUUCUUAUAGAAAUUAUUUAAUAACAGUAUAUUUAGUUAGAAUAAUCUUAUGUAACUAAUGAAAGUUUCUAAAGGACACAUCUUCCUAUAGCUAAUGCCAUAUACAUCUUUCUAUUAUA